AUGGCAGGUUUCGCUGUACUUGUGGCGUUUCUACUACAGACGCUGCUUUUCCACACGGGAAACUGUCACGUAUCCUUAACAUUUCCUCCUGCUAGGAGAUAUGCCCUUGAUUUCCUGGAUAAUCUCCGGACGCCGGGACCCUGUGGAAUGCCCAAAGGUUUGGGCCCCUUAACUACUUUCAAGGCUGGCUCGAAAAUCAAUGUCACGUGGCAUCUGGCUUAUCCUCAUCAAGGCGGGUUCCACCUGGCCAUACUGGACCAUAAUGACGAUGUUGUGUACAACUUUUUCAACAAUUUUAUCGGUCAACAAGAUCCAACGACGAUUCAACAUGAAGUCACGAUACCCGACAUUGCGUGUAACAAUUGUUCCCUGCAGCUGACCAGGGUAGCAGGGGAAUGGCGACUGCAAACGUGCGAUUACAUAUUUUGGUCAUGCGCAGACAUCAAUAUUAUUCCAAGUUCAUCUGUGGAGACGUUUGAAAAAUGCAAUGGACAGCCGGUUAUCAAUAACGCUGGGGGCGGAUAUACCUGUCAGUGUAUCAGUCGUUACCAUGGAGAUCAUUGUCAAUUUAUGAAUGAUUGUGAAUAUAACAGUGAUUGUAAUAACCACGGUCUUUGUGCCUAUGUAGAAGCUACGUCAUACCCUAAGCGUCAGUGUUACUGUGACCCCGGAUGGUUUGGACAGUACUGCCAACACGAGUCUGUGGUCCGGACUACAUCGGUGGACAAGUCCAUGUUUGUCCACACCAACUUUUCGUCCCAGUUUCAGAUGUACCACAGAGUACUGGAGACUGAACAAGAAUUAGAGGUACUUCUGGAGGUCCGAACAACCACUUGGGUUGGACUUGGGCUACGCCCUGAUGGUUACCGAAGUGGGUGUCAGAAUUUUCCAUUUCGAUACAGCUCUUCUGGGUCAGGUACAAGUGAACCAGAACCCGAGGGAACAUCGGAACCACACCCCGAGGGAACAUCGGAACCACACCCCGAGGGGACAUCGGAACCACACCCCGAGGGGACAGCGGAACCACAACCCGAGGGAACAUCGGAACCACACCCCGAGGGAACAUCGGAACCACAACCAGAAGGAACAUCAGAACCACAACCCGAGGGAACAUCGGAACCACAACCCGAGGGAACAUCGGAACCACAACCAGAGGGAACAUCGGAACCACAAAAUGAAUGGACACCUGCCCCACAUAUUUGUAGUGGCAGCGUUGCAAGUGGCAAUCACACCUUGAACUGGGAAGUGAUGGCAGGCACAGAUUAUGUAAAGUUUACACACACUGCAUCGGUACCCAACGACCAAUGGAUGGCAGUUGGUUUUGCUUCAAAUACUUCAAUGCUUGACGCCGAUAUCUAUACGACUUACAUUGAUAAUGGAGAGGUCUAUCUAAUAGACAGUAAUACAAUGGGUGCCGUUUACCCGAUGAUGCCUUCAGUUGACGCCGUCUCUAAUGUCAUGAAUAAAACAGCAGAACAAAAUGGCGGCAAUAAAGUAGCCACGUUCUAUAGAAAGAGAGAUACUUCAGAUAACAAGGAUUUUCUACUAUCGGAAACGGCCACAUUUCACGUGCUGUUUGCGAAUGGCCCUAACUUCAGAAAUAUUAGUGGUCUGAUACUGUACGAAUACCAUUCUUUCAGAGUGGUCACCUCAGAGACCUUUGUCAUCGGAAGAUGUGUUUCACCAACAACCCCUGAGCCUGCGCCUGAGGUGACCUCUGAACCUGGUGCAACUUCUGAGCCUGGAGUGACCCCUGAACCCGGGGCGACUUCUGAACCUGGAGUAACCCCUGAACCCGGGGCGACUUCUGAACCUGAAGUUACCCCUGAACCUGGUGCAACUUCUGAGCCUGGAGUGACCCCUGAACCCGGGGCGACUUCUGAACCUGAAGUUACCCCAGAGCCUGGUGCGACUUCGGAACCUGAAGUAACCCCUGAACCUGGUGCGACUUCGGAACCUGGAGUGACCCCUGAACCCGGGGCGACUUCUGAACCUGAAGUUACCCCUGAGCCUGGUGCGACUUCGGAACCUGAAGUAACCCCUGAACCUGGUGCGACUUCGGAACCUGGAGUGACCUCUGAACCCGGGGCGACUUCUGAACCGGAGGUAACACCUGAACCUCCAGCUCCGGAGCCACACAUUUGUACUGGUCAAUGGAACUGUGAUGCCUGCCGACAAAACAUUUCUUGGCGUUUCAAUGUUGACACUGACGAAAUCAUCUUCACUAUGAGUGCUGACAUUCAGACGGGAUAUUAUUUUGCUGCUGGAAUAUCUGCCGAUCAGAUGAUGGCAGCCAGCGACAUUUUCCUGGUGGAACCCAGCACUAUGACAGUCUCUGACAGGUGGGCCAGUGGGCGCGCACAGCCUUUAGCAGAUAUGGUACAAGAUGAUGUAAGGACUUUAGAUUCAUCUCGAACUGGAACAAGGACAAGCGUUACUUUUGCCAGGAGUCGAACUACAAAUGAUCUGAAAACGGACUGGCAGUUUACAGACACCACGCAGUUCUACAUUCUGUUUGCCAGGGGAAUGUUUACUGUUCCACAUACAGCUUCCUAUCACACAGAACGUUACAUUUCUCCGUCUGCCUUCAAGAUUGAUACCUGUGCGAAACCAGAGCCUGAGGGAGAGCCAACAGGGGAACCAGAAGGGGAACCAACUGGGGAACCAGAAGGGGAACCAGAGGGAUCAUGUGAUGGGUCGCCUGGACCAAGUGGCACUUCUGACACAACCGGAAGUACUGUCCAUCCUAUGGACUGUACGGACAUGGUCAUCGGCUCCGCUAGAGGAUUCCGGAGCCGCAUUGGUGAUUAUUACUCCAGGGAUCGCUCUACUCCCCACAGGGACGUGUUUUACGGAGGGUCAGAAAGUCUGACGGCUGCUGUUGGCAAUGAAGAGGGCGGUGUCACUAAAAUCUUGUACAGGAGAAAAAUCAAAGUCACUGAAAGGACGGAUUAUGAGAUCACCAAUGAUUUUAUGCAUGUAAUUUGGGCACAUGGACAGGAAAAUUCGGGUUACAAUCACAGCCCAAAUUCUGGUCUGGAAGCUGUGACCACAGUCUCUGAUAAACUCUUCUACAAAGAGGAUGAGCUGAAAUACCAUGGAAACAUCAAACGGGGAACAAGCCGAGUCAACUUUCUGAAAAAACCUGUAACAAACGCCAGCCAAUCAGAUACCUGUAUGUGGGCAAACGGUGAUCACAUGGUCACCUGGGUGUAUAUGCCAGAUGAGUCCGCCAUUAGAUUCAGCAUGACGGCUCGUGUUGCCGAUAACCAGUAUAUUGCUCUGGGUUUGUCCUCUAACAACCAAAUGGCCAACACGGAUGUCCUCGCAGGCUGGGUUUUUGACGGGGUCGCAGUCAUGACAGACAGGUGGGCUGCAGGUAGAUUUAUGCCAGCUGAAGAUACGAAUUCCUUGAUUGAUGUAUCUGGAUCUCGAGCAAAUGGAAUUACCGUCCUUAACUUUACACGCCCACUGACAACCUCAGAUUCCACAUUAGACAUGCAAUUGACACCAGAUUCCUGCCUUUACUUUUUCUUCGGCCUGGGAGGAACGUUUGAUCCUGUGACCAGAACCAUUGCUUACCAUGACAGCACUCCUAUUGCUGAGCAGUAUUGUGUGCAGUGUGGAGGCAGUGCCCCCACUACUUCUCCAUCCCCUCCAACUGUUCCCAUUGGACCAACACGCAAAGUGACCAUGCAGUUCCGACUUCAGGAUAUCGUUUGGCAGGAAGAAUUAGCCGACACCAGCUCUAAUGCUUUCAGGUCACUCAAGUCUCGAGUUGAAGCUAGUUUGAUACCUAUUCUUUCAAGGAUGUCAGGAUACGUGAUUUACUCAGUCACCAAAUUUACACGAGGAAGUGUAAUUGUGGCCUCGGAGGUGGAGGUGGUCGGAUCGGCCCAAGAGGUCAACUCUGCUGUCAAUACAACAAUGCAACAAGCCUUGAGCUCUGGCACUUUAGGAGAAUAUACUGUUGACAGGACGUCUUUGAUGAUUAGCGAGUCUGAAGCAGUGGUUGCGACAACCAUGAAACCCGCUGAAGUGGAGACUUUGGACGAUAUUCCUCUUCCCCUCAUCAUCAUUCUGGCAUUCGUCGGUGCCUCUGUCUUGCUUGUCCUACUACUGGGAAUGUGCAACUGUGUCCGUAACCACAACAAGAAACACCAAACCAAGGAGGAUCUUAAGUACUUACCGAAACAUCUGAACGGCGACGGUGGAAGCAUUGGGACCAAUGGUGAACAACGCUAUCAUAAAUGGGUGAAAAGUACAGGUAAACCCAACGUGAAUCCUGCAUACGACAGCCGAACCUAUGACAACAUGCAGUUGCAACCAGCAUAUGCUCCUCAACAGACUUAUUACCAGCAGUCUGUUACUCCAAAUACCGCCGUGGUUCCCCAGCGGGUGCCAGCCAGCAAUCCUACCCAACCGCCGCAGUAUAAACAGCAGCACCAUCAGCGCACCAAUGUUGGCCCCAGAAAGGAGCCGGAGUUUCGUAUCGAAACAUACGUCACUGAUUAG